CAGGAGGCUCCACAGGAGCGCAUAGUGGGAGGCUACGCGCCGGUUCCCCAUUCCAUCAAGUACAUCGUGUCGAUACAGACAACCAACCGCCAGCACUUCUGCGGAGGCUUCCUGAUUAAUAGAUUCUGGGUAAUCACAGCAGCACAUUGUAAUAUUGGACUAAAGAAUAUGAUGGUUGUGGCUGGAGACUACUCUUUGACCAUCUAUGAGGGCACAGAGCAAGAAAUCCAACCCCAGUUUUUGGUGCCCCACCCUGCAUACGACAGCAACACAAAAAACAACGACAUCAUGCUUAUUAAGCUGAGGGCCCCCAUCUACCUGAACAGCUACGUGUCGGUGGUCCUGCUGCCCCGGCAGGACGCCGCCAUCGCAGAGGGCCGAGUGUGCCGGGUGUCGGGGUGGGGAUACACCAGCCCCAAAGGAGGGCAGAUUCCCUCCACGCUCCGAACUGUCAAGCUUCCCAUAAUCUCCCCGGAGAAAUGCAACGGCAGCGAUUCGUUCGACGGCAACAUCACACGUAACAUGCUCUGUGCCGGUUACAGCAUCGGAGGGAAGGACGCCUGUCAGGGGGACUCAGGAGGUCCACUGGUCUGCGACGGGCGGGCCUAUGGAGUGGUGUCCUGGGGGACGGGGUGUGCUGACGCCCAGUUUCCCGGAGUCUACACCGCCGUGUCCAAGUUCCGUCGGUGGAUAGAUAACACCAUAUUUAGCUACUACAGCAAAUGUAAGAGGAACUGA